CAGACUUUUAAACUGAAAGGGAUACUGUGCGCGGUAGGCGGUAACGUCUGUUACCUUGACAUCCGCCAGUAAAGGAGACGUGAGCAGCAGUGGUUCGCAGAACAUUCGAGAGGUCCACCCAAACCCCGAGGACGUUCCGGAUAACCCCCACCCAUCCGCCUCUGAGUCUGGCGCCUGCACUGUUUGGACGCUUUAGGGUGUUUGACUGUGCGUCCUCGAGAGCCGAACCCCCAUUAAGAUCCCCUGCCGCUGCCAUCGAUACAACACCAGCACCAGCCAUCGACCACCGUUCACUGCGGCUCUUGGACGAUCAGCGUUGUGUUUAUGUCUUUGUUUUGCGAAAACGAGCUGUUGCGCAGCCGUUGGAACCUGUGUGGUGGAAAUCUAGCCUUCAAGCAAGGAGCCUGCGGCCACAGCGGCACAGCGUUUUUCAUGUCAGAGACAGAGCGCGCUUGCAGUCGUUUAUGUCAUCCCCUCUUUUCCAGACAGAAGAUCCCGAAAAAUCCCCAACCAAGAUCCUUUUAUCUUACUGAUAGUGCUAACACCCAGCCAAAAUGUCUGUCAACGUCAACCGCAGCGUGUCAGACCAGUUCUAUCGCUACAAGAUGCCCCGUCUGAUUGCCAAGGUUGAAGGCAAAGGGAAUGGAAUCAAGACGGUCAUUGUCAACAUGGUUGAUGUUGCGAAGGCGCUGAACAGGCCUCCAACAUAUCCAACCAAGUUUUUUGGUUGUGAACUCGGUGCUCAGACCCAGUUUGAUAGCAAAAACGACCGUUACAUCGUCAACGGAUCCCACGAGGCGAACAAGCUGCAGGACAUGCUUGAUGGGUUCAUCAGAAAAUUUGUGCUGUGUCCCGAGUGUGACAACCCUGAAACUGAUCUGGAUGUCAAACCCAAAAAACAAACCAUUGGUAAUUCCUGUAAGGCCUGUGGAUACCGCGGCAUGCUCGACACCAGACACAAGCUCUGUACCUUCAUCCUCAAAAACCCACCAGAGAGCACCGAAGGUGGAUCAGCAUCUGUAAAGAAAGAGAAAGAGAAGAAGAAUCGCAAGAAGGACAAGGAGAACGGCUCUGGCAGCGGAGAGGCUGGAAGCCAAGAGAACUUUGACGCUCCCAAAGCCGUGGACGGCGACGAUGAUGACGAGGACUGGGCGGAGGAGACCACAGAGGAGGCGCAGAGGAGGCGAAUGGAGGAGAUCAGUGACCACGCCAAGAACCUCACACUCAGUGAGGACCUGGAGAAACCCCUGGAGGAGCGGGUCAACCUCUUCUACAACUUUGUUAAGCACAAGAAGGACAGCAGGACCAUCGACGCGGCAGAUAAGGAGAUCUUGGCGGAGGCGGAGCGGCUGGACGUGAAGGCCAUGGGCCCCCUCAUCCUCAGCGAGCUGCUCUUCACCGUCAACAUCCGCGACCAGAUCAAGAAGUACAAGCGCCACUUUCUGCGGUUCUGCCACAACAACAAGAAGGCCCAGAAGUACCUGCUGGGCGGCUUUGAGUGUGUGGUGAAGCUGCAUCAGGCGCAGCUGCUGGCUCGAGUUCCCAUCAUCCUCAAAGACCUGUACGACGCAGACCUGCUGGAGGAGGACGUCAUCAUCGCCUGGGCGGAGAAGGUUUCUAAGAAGUACGUCUCUAAGGAACUCGCCAAGGAGAUCCACGCCAAGGCCGCUCCCUUUGUGAAAUGGCUGAAGGAGGCGGAGGAGGAGAGCGGGGGUAGCGAGGAGGAGGUGGAGGAAGACGAUGAGAAUGUGGAGGUGGUGUACUCGUCCUCCGCCCGUGAGCUCAAAGUUGAGACUGUGAAAACUGACACCCCCGAAAAGGAAGAGGAUGACAUCGACAUCGACGCCAUCUGAGACCCUGAGGAUUCUGAUGCUGUUCUUGUGUGGCUUUGAUUCUGGCUGCCCCCCCCUCCCCCCCUCUCCCCCACACACCUUCUGCUUUGUGGCAUGACUUAACAUAGCGCUUUACUUGCUGCACAUUAACUCUGUAAUUUUGAGAUGUAUUCUGUUGAUGAAGUCGCUUUGGGGAUUUUAAUCACGGGGUAUUGGGGGAUCAUUUUGACUGCACAUGUUUUUGGUUUUUUGCUCCCUGUAUUUUUCCGGUUAAUAAAGAAUGAAUGUUUUGCUAUCCACUACA